AUGUCACAGUGCACGGCGAACAAGGAUUCCUCCGAAGGUCCCCGGAUGGACGGGAAGGAGACUGGCGAAGUUUCGGCCGGUCUCACGCCGGCCACUGACAAUCUGAGGCUAACCCGAAGUUUGUCCAAGUCGGAUUCGGACUUGUUGGCGCCGCCGCUCGGAGAAGACGAUGGAGGUCACGCUGCUCGGAGUGGAUCCGUGUCCGAACGCAAGCCCCCCAAGGAGCGAAUGCCGUCCUUUGCGUCGGAGUGGGACGAGGGUGAGACAACGCGCACUAAAAGCAAACGUACGUCAUUUUAUUUCCAACAGAUUGAGAAGAUCGUGGACCUUAUCGGCGCCGGUAUUGAGACGUCUGACAAGAAGCAGGCGAGCUCAGAUGGGGCGUGCGGCAAAGCCCUGGACCAGCCGGUGGGCGAGUGGCUGGAGCGUGCCGGGCUGCCGCAGUACGAGGGCAAGUUCCUGCUCAACGGCUUCGACGACCUGCGCUUCAUGGGAAGUAACGUGAUGGAGGACCAGGAUCUCCGAGACAUCGGGAUCACCGACCCGGGACACAGGAAGAAAAUCCUGCACGCGGCACGCGGAUUGCCCAAGGUCAAAGCUCUGGGCUGUGACGGUAGCACGUCUUUGGCCUCAUGGCUGGAUGGCCUGGGCCUGCAUGAGUAUCUGCCCAACUUCCUUUCUAGUGGCUACCGCACGCUGGAGUGUGUCAAGAACCUGUGGGAGCUGGAGAUCAUCAAUGUCAUCAGGGUGGGUCCGCUAGGCCACAGGAAGAGGAUCAUUGCUUCUCUGGCUGAGAGACCCUAUGAGGAGGCCCCUUCCAAGUCCAGACGUCUGUCUCCUAUCAUGUUUCACGACCUCCUGUCCCAGACCACUUGCCCUCUGGGCCAGAUGGACCCCUACACCAGUCGCUCCAUGGACAUGCUGCUGCCCUUGGCCGAGCCUGACCGGCGGCGGCGAGGAGGAGGACUGGAUCACGACUGUAGCGUCUCUUUGCGUUCCUACUGUGAGCGGCCUCGCUCUGUUGACCGACACAGCGAGCGGCACAAAGAAUCUCGCGUGAACCUCCGGCCGCCGAGCCACUCUGCUACCUACGCCACCGUGUCCGCCUGGCACCACCAGCCAGAAAAGCUCAUUCUCGAAGCCUGCGGGUACGAGGCAACUUACUUAGGUUCAAUGAUAAUCAGGGAUCUACGGGGGAUCGAGUCCACACAAGAUGCCUGCGCUAAAAUUAGGAAAUCAAAGGAUUCCAGAAAGGGUCCUGUUGUUAUUCUCUCCAUUACCUACAGGGGGGUCAAGUUCAUUGACGCGGCCACAAAGACCAUAGUCGCAGAGCAUGAGAUUCGAAACAUCUCGUGCGCUGCCCAGGACCCGGACGACCUGUGCACCUUCGCCUACAUCACCAAGGACUUGAAGAGCGGCCACCAUUUCUGUCAUGUCUUCAGUACGGUUGAGGUGACGCAGACGUACGAGAUCAUCCUGACUCUUGGCCAGGCCUUCGAGGUGGCCUACCAGAUGACCGUGCAGUCCAGGCAGAGACACUACGUCCCCCAUUCGUCCUUGGGUUCCGAGGUCAUUGAGACCAAGAGCAGUCGGCCAGUGUCACAGGCGUGGAGCAGCAUGAGGAGAUCGGCAAUCGAUCCCCUGGAGAUGGACGCCGACAUGCACUCCCUUGGCAGCACCUCCUGGCUCUUGGACCAGCGCGAUGCCAACAGGCGGCCCGUCAGCACCAAGUACGAGACCACCAUAUUCUGA